GUUUUGUUAAUACUGGAAGUACACCUUCAGAGAGUUGUCCCAUGGUUUCACUCAAGUAUACUCUUACAAGCUCCAAAAGGACAUUACGUGGAACUGAAUUUCACCAUGGAGAGUUCAUAUUUAACACCCUGCAUUGAUGAUAAGUACCUUGAGGUUCGUGAUGGAUACAACAAGUCUGCCAAUCUUCUUGGUGUAUUUUGUGGAAGGAACAUCUCUGUUAUUGUGCGAUCCAGAGGACAGAACUUGUGGAUCAGAAAAUCAGCCCAUAAUUUUAGCAGGUUUCGGGGCUCGUACACCAACAAAAAACUGAACUUUACAGGUAUUGUCCUCUGAAAUUACUAACUGAAACAAUUCUAAGGUGUUUCUAAGUUGUUAUAACACGGAUGGAAUAGAUGGCAAUUACGAGUACUGCAACUCAUUUGGUAAUUUCAUUUAUUUGUUUUCUUCCAGUUGAACCCAACCUAGACAAGGUGGCCAAAACUCAAUUUGUUAUUUUCAACCAAACUUCAUCUCUUUGGUGUCCAGCACAAGGUGCACCAGCACCAUCUAUAGUUUGGAGAAAGAACGGCAUUGUGGUACAGAACAGUACAGGUGUCAAAUAUCAGCUUACCAUUACUGAGGAGAACAAUGACAAGUACAGCUGUGAGGUGAAGAAAGAGAAUGGUUUUGACAAGAAAGAAAUCCGUCUUGUCAUUGAAAGUGAGUUUUUUCACAAACGAAUUAAGUGGGGUGAGUUUUUAAAGAAACUGUGGUGCCUCUUCAGUGGGGAGUAUUACUGAGUAUUACUGAGAUGACUUGGUUUUGCUCUUCGCAGAGCGAAACCUUUCUCCCUGACGAAGGGCUAACCCUCCAAACGUCAGCUUUAAAAACCCUUUACGGUGGAAAAUUUUCAUUGUCAACUCAGUUGAUAAAACUAAACUAUUAAUUUACAAACAAUUGAUUCUCAAAUCAGUCUGGCGUAGAGAAAAAUAUACUGCACAUUUGCAAAGUUUGCCUAAUUGCAAAAAAAAUGAGCAACUCUAAACGCUCUCUAAACUUUUAAGCUGAAGGACUGCCGCAAUAGUUUUAUUGACCAGGAACCAAUGUAUGAAGUGUUCACGAGAUAACUAGAUGGCAGCUAUCAUUUCAGAGUACUCCAAUGCACACACUCAGAGAGUACCACCAAAGAGCCUCACAACAAAGAAACGUUAUUACAUUCAUAUCGUCUUCCUUUAUUCAAGGGUGCCCAAAUACCUGUCGAUGUACAAUUGCAGUUGGAAUCAUGGACGCAGCUACUUGCAUUGAAUGUCGAGGAAAACACUUACAGUCAGUUCCACGGCACUUACCCUUUUCUACAGCGAAAUUGUAAGCGUUUCAACUCUUCUACUUUCUCUAGGUGGGGGUGUGGAGGAUGGGAAAUAAUAAAAAGCAAUGCACAAGACGUAAGAUGUUCAAUCUAACACUAGAAAAAUAUCCCCAUUUUAAAGAAAAAAACCAAAUAGAGCAGCCAUCACCUGAAGACUUCCAUAACAACUCGCCUUUAGUCGUACUGUAAGAUACUAAUGUUAUACUUUUGUCGCUAUUGGCGAUUGAUGUGCUAAGAGUUAACAUUGUUUACCGAUACAGGGGUGAUAUUGUCUUAUGUGAUGGUUUGAAAUAGUUUUAAUACUUUCAGGUGGUUACAAAAUAACAAGAUCAAGAAGCUGCAAGGUGACUCAUUUUCUCAGUUAGUCAGGCUGCGAGAGCUGUAAGUGAAACGUAGCAUUCUUAUAUCGGUUAUUUUACAUGUUUAGGUUUACGAUGUGGAAUCCAUCCUGCAGAUACUAAGACACUUCCAUAUCCGCAUUGCACACAAACCAAUCACAGGGGAGCCAUAUUGUUAACUACGAACUCAGUCAGUCAGCUUUUUUCACAAAAAACUAGUUAAGGUAAUUUUUUGCCAUCUUUUCUCCCUGAGAGUUAAGCAAGUUAGUAACUUUCAUCAGAUUUAGUCCACUGCUAGUAAGACAAAGUGUUUCUUUAUACUGCAAACUGGUUAAUUGACUGAUGUACAAGUUCUCUUCGAAAAGGUCUAAAGCAACAAAAUAAAUCAAACGCAAAACUACCUGAAAAGUAAAGAUAAAAUUGGAAAAAUAUAGCAGAAAUAGCCGAGAAAACGUUGAAAAAUCAGUUUACAUUAAACGCGAACCUUGUCGUAGAAUCUUAAAUGGAAACCAGAUAGAGAGGCUACAGGCUGAAGUCUUCAAAAACAACUCCGAGUUGGCCUUGUUAUCAGUAACCAAUAAACAUUUAAUGUAUUAUUGGUUUGGUCUCGAUUCAACUGCCAUUUGCGUAGAUUUAUGUCAUUUACUAACUUUGAGAGGAAAGGUUUUCUAACCGAAUGGUUUUUGUUAUCUGACUGGAGGGCAUUUCAAAAAUGCCUAGCUAAAAUCCAUGAUAUAUCCUUUUUGUAGGAGCUUAGCAGGGAACCAGAUAGAGGAGCUACAAGCGGGAGUUUUCAGUAACAACAACAAGUUGCUCAACUUGUGAGUAGGAAGACUAAAAGUUCAUAGUCUACCUACAUAUUUUUACUGUCAUAUCCUUCUCCAAAUCCUCUUUAAUUCUCAAAUACUCAAAUACUAUUGUACGCUACUAAUGAGUCCAGCCACAAUCGUGUUAAGAGAGGGACCUUACCUUUCAGUUCAUAUUAUUGAGUACCAUAAUAUAUAUAUGUCAGCGACUGGAGAAGGUUCCAUCACUUUAAUAUCCCUCGGCGACGUGUACGAAACAAGUUAAGCGGUCCAGGGCAUUUCGCAUCGGAAAAAGUUUUCCCUCAAACUUUGCCCAAUAAACUAUCUUUGGUAACAAGUAAAUAAAACCACAUUAGUUUCUGGAAAUACGUUAAAAUAAAAUUUUUAGAGCUCUCAAAAGUCAAAGCUGCAAAAGGACCUUUUUUGACUUUGUGCGAUAUCGAAAUUUUAAAAAGUUGAAUAGCCCGGUCACACCGCAUGCAGCAAAAUUAUUAUAUUUUGUAUUCUUAAAGUGUGUGAUAUAUAAGGUAUAUAAAAUGCAUUUCAAUUUUGAUAUUUGUUUAUUCAGAGGCUCGUCAUAAUUUAUUUAAAAACACUCGUUGGAUAGCUUUCUGAGAUUGGUUAAAAGUACUCUUUCUUUCUUGGUUGAUAUUGCUCAAGUCCAGACCAGACCAUUAAAAACUCUGCUUGAUUUCUGCUAAUAAGAUGUUUGGCUGCAGAAAAAUAUAAAAACAUCUAGCACUUAUUGAUUUUCUUCGCCGAGGUGACUUCGAACUUUUAGCGAUAUUGCUAGCGUGACAGCCGAUUAUGCAAAUUAGUUCAUUGAGCAAACUCCGACCGUUUUAUGUGAGUAGCUCAAUGAAUCUUAGAUUUUAACCAUUUUAAGUAGAAAAUAUAGUAGGAAAGAGCUGUAAAACCACAUCGAUUAAUACUUUGAGCAUUUUAAAAGGCCAAAAUUUGACAAAUUUUAUUAUCUCGUGACGCAAGACGUCAUCAACAACGUAUCGAAUAUCAUAAUUUGAUUAGCGCUCGCAAACUCUUUUUUAAAAAUUUGGCUUCUGUUAUUUCAUAUUUGAGUUCUGAUGGCUUACGCUAUUGUCAAAUUUUGGCCUGUUAAAUAUUCGGUUUCCCUAGAGGAGGUAAAUAUUCUAGGUUUACCUAGAGGAGCUAGGUUAUGUCUACCUAGAUUCCAUUGCGCAUUAUGAGUAUUGAAACACGUUAUGCGUUCUUAUGUGAUCGUAUGACGCAGUUUUAUUAAGAAUUACAGAUUUUUAGGCCGAAACAAGAAAAAAAAGUGGCCUGGUAAAUCAUUUGCCGAAUUGCUAAACAUGCACUGGCUGUAAGUGAAGAGUGGUUGUUUUACAUUAACUAUUGCGUGAUCGUGUCGCAACGAAUAAUAAUGUCGAUAAUAGUGUAAAAUACAAACUGAUUAAUGUACAAGGACCCACCAACAUGUAGUAAUAGACAUGUGUGCGGAUUGUUUACAUGUUCAAACUCUCCGAAUAUCGACGCUCGUACAUCAGCGAUAUUGGUAGCAACCUCAAAACAAGUUCUAUUGAAACCAUACGAGCGCUUACAAAUGGUGAUGUCAGUAACUGUUCAACCUAAAUCCAGGACAUAUCCCUAUUUUAGGGACUUAGACAACAACCAAAUAGAGGAGCUACCACCUAAAGUCUUUCAUAACAACUCGCAGUUAGUCAUACUGUAAGUAACCAAUCUUAAUGCCUUUCUUUCUAUUGGUGCUUGAUGUGCUAAGAAUUAUUAAAUACGUAACCCGUAGUGUAUGUAGCCAACCAAAACACUGCAAUUUUCAAACAAAACCACCAAGUUAGGUUGUUGGUCUUAGCUUUUACGACUAUAUAUUCUAUUUUUCUGAGUUUAUUUGUUUUAUUUGCAUAUGGAAGAUUUCCUGUAUGGCCAGUGCUCGAAGGGGGCUGGAAUUUUUCUCUAUUAAAUCUUAGCCUUGAUGUGAUGGUUUGAGACAUUUUUAAUACAAAAAUGCCCAACUAAAAUCCAUGAUGUAUCCUUUUGUAGGAGCUUAGAAAGGAACCAGAUAGAGGUGCUACCAGCGGGAGUCUUCAGUAACAACAACAAGUUGCUCAACCUGUGAGUAGGAAGACUAAAAGUUCAUAGUCGACCUACAUAUUUUUAUUAUCAUAUCCUUCUCCAAAUUCUUGUUAAUUCUAAAUACUCAAUACUAUUGUACGCUACUGAUGAGUCCAGCCACGAUCGUGUUGAGAGAGGAACCUUACCUUUUAGUUCAUUUUCUAGAGUACCACAAUAUAUAUUUGUCAGCUACUGGAGAAGGUUCCACCGCCUCAAUAGGGACCUUUAGCAAACCACGACUCCGAUGGCAACGAGGACGUGGCAAAAAAAAAAAGAUGUAACGUGCAGAACAAUAGCUCAGCACGUGCGUUUUAAAACUGUGCACAUUUUCUUAGCCGUCCUAUGCAAAGCAACAACGUGAAAUCAUCACAAUUUGCGUCGUCUGUGAACCGAAACCACGACGGAAAGUUAUUUUAAUUUCCAUUUGGAACUCAACGUUUCUUUCAUACGUUAUGCUGAAGUUGAGGUGUGGUACCGUAUGAGACGGUAUACAAAUGCAGCCAUUUUUAAAUUCUAAUUUAAGGCAGAAAUUCAUCUUUUAAUCGAAAUCUUCCUUGACAUUGCCGUCCUGACUGCUCAUUACAACGUGAAAUCAUUAACAUUUUGCGUGGUCCGAGAAAGGAAAACCCCGCCGGCAAGAUAUUUAAGCUUCCAUUUGGAACUCAACGCCGCUCUUUUAGGUCAUGCUGAGGUUAACUUGCGGUGCCGUAAGAGAUGGUUAACACAUCCAUUAAUUCGCUAGAUUGCAAUUAAAAAUAUGUAUUGAUUUUUAAAUCGACGUCUUCCUUGGAGUUGCCGUCCUAACUGCUAAAGGUCCGUAUCAUCCCUCGGCGACGUGAACGAAACAAAUAAAGUCCAGCCACGAUUCAACCGCCAUUUGCGUAGAGUUGUGUCAUUUACUAACUUUGUGAGGAAAGGUUUUCUAACCGAAUGGUUUUCGUUAUCUGACGGGAGGGCAUUUCAAAAAUGCCCAACUAAAAUCCAUCAUGUAUCCUUUUUGUAGGAGCUUAAGAGGGAACCGGAUAGAGGAGCUACCAGCGGGAGUCUUCAGUAACAACAACAAGUUGCUCAACUUGUGAGUAGGAAGACUAAAAGUUCAUAGUCAACCUACAUAUUUUUACUGUCAUAUCCUUCUCCAAAUCCUUGUUAAUUCUCAAAUACUCAAAUACUAUUGUACGCUACUAAUGAGUCCAGCCACAAUCGUGUUGAGAGAGGAACCUUACCUCUUAGUUCAUAUUCUAGACUACCAUAAUAUAUAUUUGUCAGCGACUGGAUAAGGUCCCACCACUUUAAUAGAGACGAUAAGCAAACCACGACGGUGACGGCGACGGCGACGGCAACGGGGACAUGGAAAAACAAUAGCUCAGCACGUGCCUUUUAAGAAAUUGACAUUUCUUAGCCGUCCUAUGCAAAACAACAACGUGAAAUCACCACAAUUUGCGUCGUCUGCGAGCCAAAACCGCGACGGCAAAUUGUUUCUAGUUCUAUUUGGAACUCAACGCUUCUUUUAUACGUUAUGCUGAAGUUGAGGUGUGACACCGCAUGAGACGGUAAACACAUGCAGCCAUUUUUGAAAUUCUAAUUGAAGGUAGAAAUUUGUUUUUUAAUCGAAGUAUUCCUUGGUGUUGCCGUCCUGACUGCUUAAGGUCUCUAAUAUCCCUCGGGGACGUGAACGAAACAAGUUAAAUAUUCGGUAUACCCUUCUUGAGAGGAGCUAGGUUUACUACUAACUCAGUCGGUCAACUUUCCCCACGAAAAGUAAUUCUUUCGGCAUCUUUUCUCCCUGAGAGUUAAGCAGUAAUAACUUUCAUCAGAUUUAGGCCGGUGCUAUUCAGAGAAAUCAGUUUUUUUAAUACUGCAAACAUGUUAACUGACUGAUGUAUAAUUUCUCUCCGGAAAUUUCCAAAGUAACGAAAUUAAUCCAACGCAAAACUACCAGAAAAAUGAUGAUAAAAUGGAGGAAACAGCAACGAAAACGUUGAAAACGUUGUUUCUAAGUUCAGUCCUUGAGGACUGAGACUGGACCUUACUUAUGUUGAUAUCAAUCAAUUUGUUCAAUCACGUUCAAGAUUAUAUUAAAAGCGUUUGUUUCACCCGGACACGGCACAAAUAAACUGUAUUCCGACCGGAAAAAGUACGCAACAGCAGCAACGCACAAGAGGUAGUAUAAUUUUAACUUAAGUCAUGGAAUAUCUCUUCUUAGGUCCUUGGGUUAUAAUCAGAUAAAGGAGCUAACACCUGGAGUCUUCAGUAAUAACACUAAGUUGAUCGAACUGUAAGUAACAGAUAUCCACGCCCAUUCUAUAUUUUAACCUUCGAUGUGCUAAGAGUGUGUAAUGUAUAAGUGUUUGCUUAAUAUGAUCCUCCUCAAGCUUAGUGAUUUCAAAACCUAUUUUUGAUAUUAACCUUCGAUAGGAUACGAGUGUAAUGUCAAUGUUUACUUAAUAUGAUGAAGACAGUACUCAAGCUGAGUGGGUGUAGUCAACAUAGCCGCAUGCAAAAUGGGUUAACAACAUCACGUGGUGGAAUGCUUUACGUUAGCAGCAUGACACAAAUAGAAACCGAUAGGAGAUGUCGAACUGAACACAAAAGAGCGGCAGGUAUAAAAAAAGUUAUAGUUGCGUGAACGAUCACAAAAUCCUUUACUAAAAAGUGCUACUGCCCGAGUCACUGCUCCAUGCUUAACCUGCAGUGAUAGUUAUUUUUUUUAACACUGACCAAAUCUGGAUAAAUGGGUUAAACUAAUUCAAAAUAGACAUUAGAUUCAGGGUAUAUCCUUUUUGAAGGUACUUGUUUGGUAACCAAAUCAAAGAGCUGCCACCAGGAGUCUUCGCCAUGAAUACCAAGUUGACUCGCCUGUAAGUAAGCCAUAACAGGUUUAUAUUCGAAAUUAUUUAAACUGUAUUAUUUCAAUGUAUUGCAUUUAUCACAACACUCACUUGUAAGCUGCUCAAAAAACUGAAUGUUCAAAGAGACGCAAUUAAAGUAACGUUAGAGAGCACAAAACCCUACCAUUUGUAGAGAAGGUUUUCAAUCCCAUCACCUCCUCAAAAGACUUAUUAAAACCAUUCGAGUGCAAAGUAAUGGUGUCAACAGCUGAGUCUUAAAACCUAUAUUUUUCGAUGCCACACAAAAUCUAAAUGUGUUAACUACACAAAAGUAAUCAGACUUAAGUCUACUCUUUUCUCAGUCGCACAACAGAUUUAGCUCCUGGAAUCCCUCUUUCGAGGUUCAAAAAUAGACAAGUCUUAAGUUCUUCCAUACCGUUCCCCUUACCCCUCUUUGACCCCUGAUAACCAUUCACUAUCUGCGUGUUACACAAAACUAUAAAACCGUCAUGACGUGAAACUGUAAACCGAGUUGAAACCUAUAUCCUGGCAAAACUGGGGUAAACCAUCACAUGGUCGACUGCCUUAGGUAAGCAAGAAAGGUAGGAACCUGUAGGACUGGUACGACUGAACACAAACAAGAGGCAAGAAUCAAAACAGUUAUGGUGAUGUGAACAUUUUCAUUUAAAAAAAAACACACUAUUAACUGUUUGAACCUGAAUUCUGGGUCUUAGUAGCCCAGAAUAGACUUCACUGAAGAUAAAAAUCAAUGUAUUCUUCUCGCAGGUACUUGGAUGGCAACCAAAUAGGAGCACUACCAGCUGGAGUCUUCACCUACAACACCAAGUUGACUUGCCUGUAAUAAACACAUUUAUAGAAUCACAUUUGAAAAUUUUGACUACUUGUUUAUUACACGUUCAUUUGCAAACAGCUUACAUAUUUGCACCCAUACUACGGAAAGAGACAAAAAUCGGGGAUCUAAAUCUAUUUCAGGUCAUAUUUUUGCCUAGUAUAAUUUUAGUAUCAAGGAUCGUCUUUCCAAUGCUAUUUUAUCUAAACACUUUCUCUAACACUUUACUGAACGAAAGAAAAACACCUAACUUCAAAUAACGGUUUUGAAUUUUGAAAAAGAAUGGCGGGCCAAGAUGGAGAAUUAAAGGAAUUUAAACUACAAGGAAAAAGCUCUAAGAUGAACCUCAUAAAAAGACAUAUUGUAACUAUUCGAGUGCAAAGUAAUGGUGGUGAUAACAACUUAACCUUAAAUCUUACAUUUACUGAUGCCACACAAAACCUAGAUGGGUAAACUACAGAAAAGUAAUCAAGAGCAACACAUGAGGGACCUUUAAUUCCCUACGAAUAUAUGAAUAUAUAUAGACUUAGAAGUGGCAAUCAUCAUAUAUAUCAAGUUAUUAUCAUAUAUCAAAAUAUCAUUUUAAACACUAUUUGAACCUGGAAAUCUGGGUCCUAAUAGCCCAGAAUAGAUAAAAAACAAUAUAUACUUCUCGUAGGGAGUUGGAUGGCAACCAAAUAGGAGCACUUCCACCUGGAGUCUUCACUUACAACGCCGAGUUAACUCACCUGUGAGUAAUAAAUUAAAAUCCUUAGAUUGCAUCGAUUAUCCAUACAUUCGCCUCAUUUAUUAGACAUCGGCAAAGUUUCUUCAAGCUCAAUUCAUGGUGAGUAACAGACGGUCGUUGGUGGCUUUAAAAGCCAGUUGACUUAUUAAAGUCAUUGGUCAAGCCGAAGCUGCUUUGGGCGCAAAACUUCAUUCUCAUGAUCACUUUGUACAACCCUUCAACAAGGGGCACUGACAGUGGAAUAGUUCAUUUAAUUAAGUUGCAAAGCAAGAAUGAACAUAGCUAUUUCCAGACGAAAGACAAAGGUUACGUUUAUCCUAACCGGUUAUCGUGAUGUGCUCAGUCCCGUUAUUUGUUGAUUAUAAGCGAACAUUCAAAGAGCGUCUUCAACCACAAGGUAAAUAAAAUAUAAUUAGGGUCGCUUGUAAAGUAGCAUGGUGAAGUGAUCCUCACGUUAGGGCAUUGUGCAGACUUGAAGAAACCUCAACAUAAGCCUAACUUGUAUUUUUACUUGUUCAUGAUAGAAUGUGAACUUUUGCUUAAAAAAUUUCCAAGUAAGCUUACUGUUGUUUUUUAAGUUCAAUUGUUGAGGACUGAGAUUGUACGAUACUUAAAGUGUUGAUAUAUAUCAAUUUGUUCAAUCACAUUCAAAAUAACAUUAAACGCGUUCAUUUGAUUCGGGCACGGCACGAAUAAAUUGUAUUCCGAACGAAAAAAGUAUUCAACAGCAGCAGCACACAAGAGGUAAUAUAAUUUUAAAUAAAAUUACGGAAUAUCUAAUCUUAGGGCCUUGAAUAACAACCGGAUAAUGGAACUACCACCAAGAGUCUUCAAUAAUAACACUGAGUUGAUCGAACUGUAAGUAACAGAUAUCCACGCCCAUUUUUGAUAUUAACCUUCAAUGUCAUAGGAGUGUAAUGUCAGUGUUUACUUAAUAUGAUCAAGACGCUCCUCAAGUUUAAUGGGUGUAGUCAACCAUGAAGAAAAUGAAAGAGAGUAGAACGGUUUGUAUUUGGACAGUUUAAUCAAUGAUCAUUUCCUAGCAUAUGUCGUUGGUCCUCGUUUUGAAAAUCCUAUUUUCUAUUCAGUCUUACGGUCGAACACGAAUAGGAAUUAUUCAUUCUUACGUAUCGGUGAUGCAAAGUCUUCAAAACUUACAAAUGGUUACACAGUAACAAGUCGAAGAAUUUGCCAGGCGACGUAUUUUCCCAAUUGGUCAAGCGGCAGUGGCUGGAAGUGAACAGUCAUCCUCAUAUAUUAACUAUUUUUCUAAGUUUUAUUUGAGGGGUUUCCCUUAAGUGACUGUUCAAUACAGGUGAAUGACAAUACACACUAGGACUCAGUAAAGAGUGACCGCGACCGCUUAGUAGAGGCGAAUAUUACAGUGAUUGAUGGAAAACAAAUUCGGGAAUUUAACAACCGACCGCUUAAUACAGGGUGACAGCUUUAUACGGUGCCGCUUAAUAGAGGUUCAACUAUAUAUCCUUUAUGUAGGUUCUUACAUGACAAUCACAUAGCAGAGUUACCACUACGCGUCUUCAACAACAACAUUAAUUUGACUCGGCUGUAAGUAAAUAACAUCUAACAUCUCUAAGACAAAUAUUUUUAAGGAACCAAUACAGACCCAAACAUGCGUGUAGAACACCGAAGUUCAUGAUGGUAGGAUCCAAAUCCAAACAUAUUUAACAAAUCUUGGUUCAAAAUUUUAAUAAAUAUUCAGUUCCAACUGUUAUCAGUUCUUUUAAAUGCAGAAGUUAUGCAGAUGCACGUAGUUUGUGCUUAACGUAGGAGAGCUAAAAAACUCAGACAUUCGAAAGUAAUUUGAUAUUAAGAGGUCUAGUUCUGAGAGCAUCCGCUGCAGUUUCCAAGGUAUUCUCUUGAAGGAGAGGACUCUGGGGACAAGUUUGUUCCUAAUUCCGUCUCGACUGACGUCAUUUGCGAACAAAUUGUUCAGUGACAUUGUUUAAAUGAUGUUCAGAUAUAAAUUCUACUCUUUUCUCCGUCGCACAUCAGAUUUAACUCCUGGAGAACAAGAACGGGUAAGGUCAAAGUUCGUCCAUCCCGUUCUCCUUUCCCCCUUUGACCCCUGAUAACCCUUCACUCUCUGCGUGGCACAUAAAACUAUAAAACCGUCAUGACGUGAACCUGUAAACCGAGUUAAAAUCUAGCUUCUGGCAAAACUGGGGUAAAACAUCACGUGGUCGACUGCCUUACGUUAGCAUGACUGGUGGGAACCUGUGGGACUGGUGCGACUGACAAAAACAAAAAAAAAAAAGGAGAGGCAAGAAUCAAAAUAGUUAUGGUGACGUGAACAUCUUCAUUUAUAAACAACACUGUCGGCUGGGUCUCUGUUUCAUGUUUAACUUAAGGCAUUUAUCAUUUCAAACACUGUUUGAAUCUGAAAAUCUGGGUUAUUAAGACCCAAAAAAAAUGUAUUCUUGUCGUAGGGACUUGGAUGGCAAUCACAUAAGAGCACUACCACCUGGAGUCUUCACUUACAACACCGAGUUGACUCGCCUGUAAUAAACACAUUUGAAAAUGUUGGUUACUAGUAUAUUUUAAACUAUUACAACGCGUCUUUGCAAACAGCCAACACAAUCUCCGUAGCGCAUUAAACUGUAAAGCCAUCACAAAGUAUUAUGACUUCAACUUGCAAAGUGGGUAUAAACCUAGCCGCAUGCAAAACGGAUUAACAACAUUACGUGGCGGAGUGCUUUACGUUAGCAGUAUGAUACCAGUAGGGACCGGAAGGAGAUUUCGAACUUAAAACAAACAAGCAGCAAGAAUCAAAGUAGUUAUGGCGAUGUGAACCAUCACAUUGCUAAAAAACAUCCAUUAUUAAAAAGUACUACUGCCCGGGUCACUGCUUCAUGUUUAACCUGCGGUGAUGACUAAAUCUGGAAAAAUGGGUUAAACUGACUAAAAAUAGACAUUAGAUUAAGGGUAUAUCCUUUUCAAAGGUACUUGUUUGGUAACCAAAUCAAAGAGCUGCCACCAGGAGUCUUCGCCAUGAAUACCAAGUUGACUCGCCUGUAAGUAAGCCAUAACAGGUUUAUAUUAGAAAUUAUUCAAACUGUAUUAUUUCAAUGAAAUGCAUUUAUCACAACACUUUAACAACAUCCAUUAUUAAAAAGUACUACUACUUAGGUUACUACUCCAUGUUUAACCUGCGGUGAUGACUAAAUCUGGAAAAAUGGGUUAAACUGACUCAAAAUAGACAUUAGAUUAAGGGUAUAUCCUUUUCGAAGGUACUUGUAUGGUAACCAAAUCAAAGAGCUGCCACCAGGAGUCUUCGCCAUGAAUACCAAGUUGACUCGCCUGUAAGUAAGCCAUAACAGGUUUAUUCAAACUGUAUUAUUUCAAUGAAAUGCAUUUAUCACAACACUUUAACAACAUCCACUGUUAAAAAGUACUACUAUCUAGAUCACUGCUCCAUGUUUAACCUGCAGUUAUGAUUAUUUUUUUUUAACAUUGAGUAAAUCUAAAAAAAUUGGUUAAACUUAGUCAAAAUAGACAUUAGAUUAAGGGUAUAUCCUUUUCGAAGGUACUUGCAUGGUAACCAAAUCAAAGAGCUGACACCAGGAGUCUUCGCCAUGAAUACCAAGUUGAUUCACCUGUAAGUAAGCCAUAACAGGUUUAUAUUCGAAAUUAUUCAAACUGUAUUAUUUCAAUGAAAUGCAGUUAUCACAACACUUUAACAACAUCCAUUAUGCUCCAUGUUUAACCUGCGGUGAUGACUAAAUCUGGAAAAAUGGGUUAAACUGACUCAAAAUAGACAUUACAUUAAGGGUAUAUCCUUUUCGAAGGUACUUGUUUGGUAACCAAAUCAAAGAGCUGCCACCAGGAGUCUUCGCCAUGAAUACCAAGUUGACUCACCUGUAAGUAAGCCAUAACAGGUUAAUUCAAACUGUAUUAUUUCAAUGAAAUGCACUUAUCACAACACUUUAACAACAUCCAUUAUUAAAAAGUACUACUACCUAGGUCACUGCUCCAUGUUUAACCUGCAGUGAUGAUGAUUUAUUAAUGAUGAUUAAGCCACGAUUCAGUCACAGAUAGAAGGUGAAGACGACGAGAUAACAUAAGAUCACAUAGCGACGAUACUUUGGUUUUCAGUAAGCGAGCAUUCCAAACACCGAAACGUAUAGGUGAACUACAGAAUGGCCGAUUUGAUAUCAGCGGAAUACGAACAAGAUUGUUGUCAUUCCGUCCUGAGUGAAAUGCAAAUUGGUGACGACGAGGUGUCAUGGCGGGUUGAAUAUUAAAAACCUUCGUUGCUUCACGUGCCAUGACCGUUCCACUCCGGCAUCCACGAUAGGGCCGUUUCCAUUUGGAUCUUGAAGAUGAAGAAGUUAGUCCAGGAUUUAGUUCAACAUCCAUAUGGACGUUGAUGCAAAUUUAACAGGGAGAGAAAAACAAAGAUAUUCAUGCUUAGUCCAUAAGCACACAAGCCGCAAUACAAACUUUUUAUAAAUUCCAAAAAACAAAUUUCCAAAAAGUUUGAAAACAAAUUUUCAAAAACUAAACUAGUGAGCAGCUCUCUGCGAACAGCAGUUGUAAAACUUGUUUAUUCUGCGACGCGUUUCGUCUAAGUGUUGGCCUCCAAUUACUUUCUCACCUCACCUCUGAAAACUUUUUAAUUUUUCCACAACUUCGCCUGUUUCUGUUCGUGAGUCCGGCCGAGCCUAUAUGACCAGUUUCCCUUGUAAUAGCCAUAGUAUGAAUUAUAAAUACAAGCUUUUAGCAUUGACUCGCAAAACUCUCUAAAGAAGUCUAUGAAAGUAAGACGAAACGCGUCGAAGAAUAAAGAAGUUUUACAACUACUGUUCGCAGAGAGCUGCUCACUAGUUUAGUGUUCAAAAACUAUUUAUUUUUCACUCGACAGGAUAAGAAUUGUUGCACUAAACAUUUCUACGUAAUAUUUUUCGCUCUUUGUUUGGUAAUCGAUGAGUUCUAAAAGCGCCUUGUGCUAAGAGUGUUGAUAGAUAUCAAAAUAUAACAAAUACAUCAGGGUUGUAGCAUAAGCGUGUGUUUGAUCCGGGCACGACACAAAUAAAACUGUCAAUCCAACAGAAAAAAUGAAAUAAAAAACCUGCGAUAGUAACAAUUUCUAAAAAGUAACACUUUUAACUGAAAUCAGGGAAUAUCUUCACUUAGGGAAUUGGGUAACAACCAGAUAAAGGAGCUGCCACCUGGAGUCUUCAAUAACAACACCGAGUUGACCAAACUGUAUGUAAUCGAUUUUCUUGGGUCUUCUUAUGAUAGCCUUUGAUGGGCCAAGAUUUUAGUCUCAUUGUUGGCUAAAUGUGAUCAAGAAGGUGCUGAAGCUUAGUGGAUGUAGUCAGCCAUUUAAAGGGUGAAAAAGAGUGGGACGGCUCAUAGGUGGACGGAGUUACGCAGAAAGGAGUAACCUACCCCAAUUACACAAUCCUUUCAGUUUCAUAAAUCAUCAUAUCCUAGCUUCUGACGUUGGUUGACGUUUAGUAAAUUCCAUUUUCUAUUCAUUUUAUAACUUUGUUUUAUUUGCCAGUAUGAAAAGGAGAUUUCAAGUGUUCUCUCUCAGAACAGGCUUUGUACUUCGCAUUUCUUUUCACACCAAUACCACAGUCAAAUGCACGCAAGCAAGAUUUAUACUUUGCCAAGGACUGUUAAAACAAAGCUUUCUUACCUUACAGCUGGUUAUACGGCAACAAGAUCAAGAAUUUGACCAACAGUGCAUUCUCCCAGUUAAUAAAGCUGCAAUGGCUGUAAGUGACAAGUGGUCCUCGCAUAUCACCUAUUAUCUGAAUAGUGCAUAUUCCUUUUCACAUCCUUCAACCCCUAAAUAUCUGCGUAGCACUCAGACCGAUAAAGAACGCCCUCAAUCAAUGAUCAAAGACAUAACGUCUAAAAUCUAACAAUACACAAGAUCUUGGCAACAAGAUCAGGUACCUCAAAAGCCAAGCCUAGUACGAAUCUGUUUUGAGUCGCAAAUUAAAACAAGGGUCGUAUUACAGCCGAAUCAAUGACUUUCGAACUUAGAAAUUGUUGGUUCCAAAAUUUUAGCUGUGGAGAGCCUAUCGGUCCAAAUAAUGUCUUUUCAAGCAAAUUUGAACUGAAGUAAUUGUACCACUUUUUUAACUUUUCUCCUCCUACAGAGUACUUAAUGACAACGACCUAACUGAGCUACAAGAUGGUUUGUUUGAUGGUUUAAGAGCAUUGACAGACCUGUGAGUAAGAAAAAAAAAAUUUCAAGAUACAAAAUGGAAACAGUUAAAUUAUUCGUGUGACAAAUCGGACACCUGCAGAUUGAAGGUGGAAAAAAUAAUAAGUUACUGAGAAAGAAAGAAAACAUGCAAAAAUGUUGCUGUAGGAGAUCAUAAUUUCAUACCUUAGUUAUUAAAAGUGUAUUGGAUGAAUGAGCAAAGUAAUGCACAGCGAUGAUGCAUGUUCCAGUAACCUAACAAAACAAUAAGGGCCAGACCUAUCAAAACUAUCAGAAAUAAACUUCAAAACAAAUUCAGGAUGUUUACCAGUAUUGUGUUUCUAAAUUUAUUUCGGAAAACUCAUCAUAAUUGGAAGAUGUGAAAAGAUUUACCUAUCAUUGCCGUAUUAUUUUAACUUGGCUGCAAGACAACGGAAUCAGGAAGCUUCCUAAACACGUUUUCAAAGCUUUGACUAAUUUGAAAGAGCUGUGAAUAUGAUGAAGAAGAGUUAUGUUUACAAAAAUAUUGACUCUUUCAAUAUUAAUGUUCUCCUCCUUUAAAGGGGAAAAGUAUUCGAAAAGAAAUCCCCGCAAGUUUCAAGGAGGUUACGUCUGCACAAAAACGCGCGCGAGCAAAAAGUUUUUGGUGGAUUAUAACUGAAUGUACACUGAUUUCAUAAAAAGCACAUGAUGGGCCGACUUCGAGUCGCUUAAAAGAAUUAUAAUUCAGAGUGAUUGUAUUAUAUUAACAUCACAGAGGGCAGCGUAACCGAACGGUGACAGCGUCGGACUUAAAAUCUGCUGAUCCCGACUUUCAUCGACUUCCUGUGCUGAUGUAGUCCCAAUGCUUAAGGAGAAACUAGCCACUGUUACUACCGAGCAUGUAAGACCAAUUUCGGUAACCCUUGCUCUAUCAAAGCUGGUCGAGCAAGUAUCUACGAAGGCCUAGCCACCCUGAGAAGAUCGAUCCGAGCCAAUUUGGCGUUACUCCAAAAUCUUCUACGCUGCAUGCUCUCCUCAUCCUAAAGGUAGUCGAAAUGCAAUCCAAAGGGCUGUAACAUGUAGCAGUAAAGCAGUGGUCGAAUAUAACAUCGAAGUACAAACAGGUGGAAUAAAAAUCCAAUAUCGCAGCUCACAAUCCAUCGGUUCAGAUGCCGAACUAUCAAGUUCAAAUCCAAUUUUUUAACUUUUUUUUAUAAAUUCCAAAAAACAAAUUUCCAAAAAGUUUGAAAACAAAUUUUCAAAAACUAAACUAGUGAGCAGCUCCCUGCGAACAGCAGUUGUAAAACUUGUUUAUUCUGCGACGCGUUUCGUCUGAAUGUUGGCCUCCAAUUACUUUCUCACCUCAUCCUUGUAAAUUUUAAAAUUUUUCCACAACUUCGCCUGUUUCUGUUCGUGAGUCCGGCCGAGCCUAUAUGACCAAUUUCCCUUGUAAUAGCUAUAGUAUGACUUAUAAAUACAAGCUUUCAGCAUUGACUCGCAAAUCUCUCUAAAGAAGUCUAUGACAGUAAGACGAAACGCGUCGAAGAAUAAAGAAGUUUUACAACUACUGUUCGCAGAGAGCUGCUCACUACUUUAGUGUUCAAAAACUAUUUAUUUUUCACUCGACAGGAUAAGAAUUGUUACACUAAACAUUUCUACGUAAUAUUUUUCGCUCUUUGUUUAGUAAUCGAUGAGUUCUAAAAGCGCCUUGUGCUAAGAGUGUUGAUAGAUAUCAAAAUAUAACAAAUACAUCAGGGUUGUAGCAUAAGCGUGUGUUUGAUCCGGGCACGACACAAAUAAAACUGUCAAUCCAACAGAAAAAAUGAAAUAAAAAACCUGCGAUAGUAACAAUUUCUAAAAAGUAACACUUUUAACUGAAAUCAGGGAAUAUCUUCACUUAGGGAAUUGGGUAACAACCAGAUAAAGGAGCUGCCACCUGGAGUCUUCAAUAACAACACCGAGUUGACCGCACUGUACGUAAUCGAUUUUCUUGGGUCUUCUUAUGAUAGCCUUUGAUGGGCCAAGAUUUUAGCCUCAUUGUUGGCUAAAUGUGAUCAAGAAGGUGCUGAAGCUUAGUGGAUGUAGUCAGCCAUUUAAAGGGUGAAAAAGAGUGGGACGGCUCAUAGGUGGACGGAGUUACGCAGAAAGGAGUAACCUACCCCAAUUACACAAUCCUUUCAGUUUCAUAAAUCAUCAUAUCCUAGCUUCUGACGUUGGUUGACGUUUAGUAAAUUCCAUUUUCUAUUCAUUUUAUAACUUUGUUUUAUUUGCCAGUAUGAAAAGGAGAUUUCAAGUGUUCUCUCUCAGAACAGGCUUUGUACUUCGCAUUUCUUUUCACACCAAUACCACAGUCAAAUGCACGCAAGCAAGAUUUAUACUUUGCCAAGGACUGUUAAAACAAAGCUUUCUUACCUUACAGCUGGUUAUACGGCAACAAGAUCAAGAAUUUGACCAACAAUGCAUUCUCCCAGUUAAUAAAGCUGCAAUGGCUGUAAGUGACAAGUGGUCCUCGCAUAUCACCUAUUACAAGUAUCACAACUCACAUCAUUAUCCGAAUAGUGCAUAUUCCUUUUCACAUCCUUCAACCCUUAAAUAUCUGCGUAGCACUCAGACCGAUAAAGAACGCUCUCAAUCAAUGAUCAAAGACAUAACGUCUAAAUCUAACAAUACACAAGAUCUUGGCAACAAGAUCAGGUACCUCAAAAGCCAAGCCUAGUACGAAUCUGUUUUGAGUCGCAAAUUAAAACAAGGGUCGUAUUACAGCCGAAUCAAUGACUUUCGAACUUAGAAAUUGUUGGUUCCAAAAUUUUAGCUGUGGAGAGCCUAUCGGUCCAAAUAAUGUCUUUUCAAGCAAAUUUGAACUGAAGUAAUUGUACCACUUUUUUAACUUCUCUCCUCCUACAGACUUCUUAAUGACAACGACCUAACUGAGCUACAAGAGGGUUUGUUUGAUGGUUUAAGAGCAUUGACAGACCUGUGAGUAAGAAAAGAAAAAUUUCAAGAUACAAAAUGGAAACAGUUAAAUUAUUCGUGUGACAAAUCGGACACCUGCAGAUUGAAGGAGGAAAAAAUAAUAAGUUACUGAGAAAGAAAGAAAACAUGCAAAAAUGUUGCUGUAGGAGAUUAUAAUUUCAUACCUUAGUUAUUAAGUGUUUGUUGGAUGAAUGAGCAAAGUAAUGCACAGCGAUGAUGCACGUUCCAGUAACCUAACAAAAUAAUAAGAGCCACACCUAUCAAAACUAUCAGAAAUAAACUUCAAAACAAAUUCAGGAUGUUUACCAGUAUUGUGUUUCUGAAUUUAGUUCGGAAAACUCAUCAUAAUUGGAAGAUGUGAAAAGAUUUACCUAUCAUUGCCGUAUUAUUCUAACUUUUACCAGAUGGCUGCAAGACAACGGAAUCGGGAAGCUUCCUAAACACGUUUUCAAAGCUUUGACUAAUUUGAAAGAGCUGUGAAUAUGAUAAAGAAGAGUUAUCUUUACAAAAAAUAUUGACUCUUUCAAUAUUAAUGUUCUCCUCCUUUAAAGGGGAAAAGUAUUCGAAAAGAAAUCCCCGCAAGUUUCAAGGAGGUUACGCCUGCACAUUUUUUUUCAUAAAAGCACAUGAUGGGCCGACUUCGAGUCGCUUAAAAGAAUUAUAAUUCAGAGUGAUUGUAUUAUAUUAACAUCACGGAGGGCAGCGUAACCGAACGGUGACAGCGUCGGACUUAAAAUCUGCUGAUCCCGACUUUCAUCGACUUCCUGUGCUGAUGUAGUCCCAAUGCUUAAGGAAAAACCAGCCACUGUUACUACCGAGCUUGUAAGACCAAUUUCGGUAACCCUUGCUCUAUCAAAGCUGGCCGAGCAAGUAUCUACGAAGGCCUAGCCACCCUGAGAAGAUCGAUUCGAGCCAAUUUGGCGUUACUCCAAAAUCUUCUACGCUGCAUGCUCUCGUCAUCCUAAAGGUAGUCGAAAUGCAAUCCAAAGGGUUGUAACAUGUAGCAGUAAAGCAGUGGUCGAAUAUAACAUCGAAGUAUAAACAGGUGGAAUACAAAUCCAAUAUCGCAGCUCACAAUUUAACAAAUCCUGGUUUCAAUCUCGUUUCCAAAGAUAUCAAUUUUGUUACAGUGACAAAUUGUUUCGAAGGUAAAAAAUUUUUCUGUUACUGCCAAAUAAUGGUCCUAAAUUUUACCAGAAAUGCGAAUAGCUUAGUUUUAAUGUCCCAUUAUAUUGCAGAGGAACAAGAUUUACCUGCUUAUUUACAAUAAGACAAUAAGUUUGAGAUGUUACAUGAUGAUGUAUCUAUCGGUUCAGAUGCCGAACUAUCAAGUUCAAAUCCAAUUUUUUAACUUUUUUUUUAUAAAUUCCAAAAAACAAAUUUCCAAAAAGUUUGAAAACAAAUUUUCAAAAACUAAACUAGUGAGCAGCUCUCUGCGAAAAGCAGUUGUAAAACUUGUUUACUCUGCGACGCGUUUCGUCUAAGUGUUGGCCUCCAAUUACUUUCUCACCUCACCUCUGAAAAUUUUUAAAUUUUUCCACAACUUUGCCUGUUUCUGUUCGUGAGUCUGGCCGAGCCUAUAUGACCAAUUUCCCUUGUAAUAGCCAUAGUAUGACUUAUAAAUACAAGCUUUCAGCAUUGACUCGCAAAUCUCUCUAAAGAAGUCUAUGAAAGUAAGACGAAACGCGUCGAAGAAUAAAGAAGUUUUACAACUACUGUUCGCAGAGAGCUGCUCACUACUUAGGUAUUCAAAAACUAUUUAUUUUUCACUCGACAGGAUAAGAAUUGUUGCACUAAACAUUUCUACGUAAUAUUUUUCGCUCUUUGUUUAGUAAUCGAUGAGUUCUAAAAGCGCCUUAUGCUAAGAGUAUUGAUAGAUAUCAAAAUAUAACAAAUACAUCAGGGUUGUAGCAUAAGCGUGUGUUUGAUCCGGGCACGACACAAAUAAAACUGUCAAUCCAACAGAAAAAAUGAAGUAAAAAACCUGCGAUAGCAACAAUUUCUAAAAAGUAACACUUUUAACUGAAAUCAGGGAAUAUCUUCACUUAGGGAAUUGGGUAACAACCAGAUAAAGGAGCUGCCACCUGGAGUCUUCAAUAACAACACCGAGUUGACCAAACUG